CACUUUUUUACUUCAACUCUGCGUUGGAGUAAGAAGCCAUCCCGCCGCAUCACUGCCGAACAUCCACUCCAGCAUCUUCAAGUCCUUCGACGACUACGCACCGAACUCAAGAUGCCUCAGAAUGAGUAUAUGGAUCGAUGGCGCCGCCUACACGGUCGCCGUUUCGAUCACGAGGAGAGAGCCCGUAAGAAGGAAGCUCGUUCUGGCCACAAGGCCAGCGAAGAUGCCCAGAAUCUGCGUGGACUGCGCGCUAAGAUGUAUGCGGAGAAGAGGCAUAAGGAAAAGAUCCAAAUGAAGAAGACUAUCAAGCAACACGAGGAGCGAAACAUCAAGUCCGCCACCGACAAGGACCCCACCACCCCUUUGCCCAACUACCUUCUGGAUCGCAAGAACCCCACGACGGCCAAGGCCCUUAGCAGUGCAAUCAAGAACAAGCGUCAGGAUAAGGCUGCUCGAUACUCCGUCCCGCUACCCAAAGUGAAGGGUAUAUCUGAGGAGGAGAUGUUUAAGGUCAUCAACACGGGCAAGAAGACGCACAAGAAAGCAUGGAAGAGAAUGGUCACCAAGCCAACUUUCGUUGGCCCCGACUUCACGAGACGACCCGUCAAGUACGAACGGUUUAUCCGCCCUAUGGGUCUGCGCUACAAGAAGGCGAACGUGACACAUCCCGAACUUGGAGUCACUGUGCAGUUACCUAUUAUCAGUGUCAAGAAGAACCCACAGAACCCGUUGUAUACGCAACUCGGUGUUUUGACAAAGGGAACCGUGGUGGAGGUCAAUGUCAGCGAACUUGGUUUGGUGACAGCCUCGGGCAAGGUGGCAUGGGGCCGCUACGCUCAAAUCACAAACACGCCUGAAAACGACGGCUGUGUGAACGCUGUUCUACUCGUGUAAGCGCAUCCGGCUAAUGAAGGGAAGGGUUGAAGAAGGAAACAACAGAAAUUACGCAUCAAAUGGCGUUUUGGAGUUUGCAAUGUCCUACCAAGGCAUAAUUUGGGCCAGCUAAAGAGAUACCGUGUGGCCAAUGUUGAUUCUGUUGCAUGGGCUCAAUCUUGAAAAGCAUCAUAGCGGUAUUUUACCGAAUAGUACACUUCAGAAUUCAUAGCGAAGUGCGAGCAAUGUUUGCCAGGUGUUAGAUGCAGUCUAU